GUUUUUUUUGGCGUUCAUUGGGUCGGAAAAAAAAAAAAAAAGACCGAUUGAAUAAGAAAAUGGAAGCAUUUUGAAGUGCUCUUAAAUAAAUUUGGCGCUUCCCUCAGAAGAAUUAUUUUGACAAGCCAGAGGGAGAAGAAGAGAGACCCAACAAAUAUUUAAGCUUCUGAGAAAGGGACUGUGGACGACAUGGAUGAUCGCCUUGAUUUCGAGAUUGAAGAUCCACUCCUCACUUCCCCUGUUGUUGCUAAGAAAAGGAAGAAGGUUAUUGGGUUGGAUGACCUUUUGACUGAUUUCUACAAAGAGAAAAACAAGCUUGUUGAGAAGGAGGCUAAAAAGGCAAAGGCGCUAAAAAACUACCAUUCUGAUGAAGAAGAGGAUAUCAAAGAGGCUUCCUUAUCAAAACUUGUCGAUGAGUGCCAAAACCAGAUUACAGAAAUAGAUGCUGACGAAGAUAGCUUUGUAUGGGGAAUGCAGGUUUUUGGAGACCAGAAAUCCCCACCUCCCCUAGUUUGUCCGGAGCUUAAAAGUUGUGGUCUUUUGCAGUCUUUUAUGAGUAAUAAGCUUAAUUCCCUGGUUGAACUGUCUACUGAAAAUGGGAACUCUUUUCUUGAAGGACUAUUGGUUGAUGGCUGGCUUUCAAAACUGGCUUUUACAUGUGGUCAUGUAGAAGAGUCAGUUCUCAUUUGGACCUUUAAUUUGAUGUUGUAUUCACCAAAAGAAGAGUUGAGGAUAUCCGCCUGUGACUUCUGGUGUGCUAUUCUUUCAUCUAAAGAAGAGGAUGACCUACAACCUGUCAAAAUAACUUGGAUUCCAAGCUAUGCUGAACUGAAAGGGGCUCUUGAAGUCUAUGGAUUUCUCUUUAAUUUUUUACCUCACCCUGACGCUACCCUUACUGAUUCUGGUCGUGAAGGGCCAGCUCAAAACAUUAGAGCCUGGAUCAAAUUUGUAACUGUUUCUUGUCAUGUGAGGAGUAAAUUGUCUAUGUUUUCAACCUCAGACGCUGCAGAGUUAGUUGAAGUCAUUAUUUGUUUAUUUUUAGACCGCAAGCUUCAAGGCCUCAUGUUGCUUUUGUACGAUUGCAUGCAAUCUGUUAUCAAUUAUUUCAAAGACAAAGAAUGGAAAGCCUGCUGUGAAGAAAUAGCAAAAUCUGUUGCUUGCAGAGUUCCUAAGGACUUGAAUUGCUUAAGAAUAGUGGAAUGCAUUUCAGGAGUUGACACUCGCAGUAAACAACUCAGAAGUGCAGUAGCAUAUCAAAUUCUUCUGAGUUGCUUUGAUUACAAGGUUGCUGAUGAAGAAAUCCUGAGAUUACUUAUCUCAAUCAAUGUGAAAGAAAAAGGCUGUGAUCUCGUCAAGAUGUACAUUUACCUGGUUUUGACAGAGAAUUGGCUCUGUUCUAAUGAACUAUUAGCAGACAAGCCAGUUCUCAAUGAAAUGUGGAAUCUAUAUCUUAGGAACUGUUCUUGUCUGAUCGCCAGCACAGAUUUGAGGCCUUUUGCGUCGAAGGUGCGAAAUAAGGCUUCAUAUUUUCUUCAAGGAAGCAUCCAGACAUAAAUUUGUCAGAAAUUUUGAUGGGUAGCUUAAUUUCAAAUCCACCAGAACAUAGCGGUGGGCGAGUCGGAUAAGCACCUUUUUGACUGUAGGUAAGCCAGAUUAUGGAGGAGGCUUUGAAGCAUCAGAGAUUUAGCCCUUUUCUCCUCCCUGCCUUGUAUAAAUUGUUCCAAGUUAAAAUCUAAUACAAAAUGUAUAUAAUUUUUUUUUUCUUUUCU